AUGUCUUCUCCAGCCCCUCUUCCUUUAGGUGACUUGGCCAAGCUCAACAUGAGUGCCUUGCCAGCCAUCACCCAAGAAAAGCCAAAGCCAGGCUUCUGGUCGUCUAACCCAAUAUUCUCCUUUGUCAACGACGUUUACUCAGGCUUCGCUGACCAUAGACAAUCUAUUGGUUUGUUGAACCCGGGUACCAUUGAAAACUUGAACAAGGAAGUUUCCAGAGACGUUUUCUUGAAUCAGUACUUUUUCACCGGUUUCAGAGCUGAUUUGAACAAAUCUUUCUCUUUGAACCCAGCUUUCCAAACUUCCCACACCUUAUCCAUUGGGUCUAAAUCUAUUCCUCCAUACGCCUUCAACGUUCUCUACGCUAACGACAACUUGUUUGCCCAAGGUACUUUGGACAAUGAUUUGUCAUUAUCUGGUAGAAUGAACUACGGAUGGACUAAGGACGUUAUUUCCAAGGCCACUUUACAAAUUGCUCAAGAUCAAACUAUGGUUCAAUUGGAACAAGAUAUUCAAGGUGUCGACUAUUCUCUUAACUUGAAGACUUUGAACCCAUCUUACUUGGAUGGUGACUUUUCUGGUGUCGUUGUUGGUUCCUUAUUGCAAUCUGUUUCCAAGAAAUUGGCUAUUGGUUUGGAAGCUGUUUACUCUAAACAAGCUCAAUACGCACCUGAUGCUGCUGUCUCUUACGUUGCUAGAUAUAAUGCCAAAGACUGGAUUGCUUCUGCUCAGCUACAAGCCCAAGGUGCUUUGAUUGCUUCUUUCUGGAGAAAAGUCAGUGCUAACCUAGAAGCCGGUAUUGAAACUCAAAUCCAAGCUGGUUUAAAGCCAAUUACUGACCCAAUGUUGGGCCAAGUCAUUGGUGCUGAACCAGUUGUUAACGGUGUUACCACCAUUGGUGCUAAAUAUGAAUUCAGACAAUCCGUUGUCAGAGGUCAAAUUGAUAGUGAAGGUAAGGUUUCUGCUUUUGUUGAAAAGAGAGUUUUGCCAACCAUUUCCAUCUUGUUCUCUGGUGAAAUCGAUCACUUCAAGAACACUAGCAGAAUUGGUCUCGGUUUGCAAUUCGAAUCUGCCGGUACUGAACAAAUUGCCUUGAUGCAACAAGGUCUCGUUGAUGCGGAAGGUAACCCUGUUCCAGGUGCCCCAGCCAUUGCUUAA